ACGUUGAUGCAAAUCAAACGAAAUGAUGAUCUGAAAAUCCAAGUGGAAUCGCCGCGCUGCGAAUCCACCACAACUCCCGCGCGCCAUUGCUUUGAUCGACCGGCCCCAGAAAUUCUGGCAAAAGAGAUUCUUCUCCAUAGCCCCACGACUACGAGCGAUGGCACUCUAAAAAGUAUAUAACUUUGUCGCUCCGAAGGGGAUAAAAAACAAUAAAUUUCAGGAUGCAAUCGUCCUCUUUCACUCUUGGCUUCUCCUGUUGCUGCCACCCCUUCCCCAAGCGCUUGCACUUUGAUCCCCGCCUCAAGCGGAGACCCAGCGGUCUCGCUAUCGCGAAGACGCAGACGAGCUUCGUCGAGACCUGUUUCCUCCUCCUCACCACCACGAGCAGCCGCAGCGAGGAGCGAGAACAUCUGGGUAAGAGCCAAAACCAUACCUUUCUUCAGAAUCUCUACUCUCCCAUCGAAAGAAACGAAUCACAGGCUCAAAGCCCGGAGACCCAGGAUCGGGAACGAGAUCAAGAUCCGUCAUUGGAACGAGGGGCGGACAGAAGGGCCAAGAAGCGCAACAGAGGAAUUUUCACGAGCAUGUGGUGGGCGGACGUGAAGGCUGCGAUUGGGCAGAGGAUUAACUUUGAGGCGAUUGUCUCUUCGGCUUCUGUGGUUGCGAGGGAUCGCCAUCUGUUGCUUCCGCACGUCUGUGCCCCUGAUAUACGCUAUAUUGAUUGGGCGGAGCUGCAGAGGAGGGGUUUCAAGGGCGUUGUGUUUGAUAAGGACAAUACCCUCACUGCGCCUUAUUCGUUGAAGCUCUGGGGCCCUAAUGCUUCUUCCAUAGAGCAAUGCAAAUCGGUCUUCGGUCAAAAUAUCGCGGUUUUUAGCAAUUCUGCUGGGUUACUGGAAUAUGAUCAUGAUGGUUCCAAAGCGAAAGCACUCGAGUGGGCAAUCGGGAUAAAAGUUAUAAGGCAUAGAGUGAAGAAACCAGCAGGAACAGCUGAAGAAAUUGAAAACCACUUUGGCUGUGAUUCCUCAAGCCUUAUAAUGGUGGGAGAUCGUCCCUUCACAGAUAUUGUCUAUGGAAAUCGAAAUGGAUUUCUUACUAUAUUAACCAAGCCCUUUAGUCUUGCUGAAGAGCCAUAUAUUGUGAGGCAGGUAAGGAAGCUGGAGAAUACCCUUGUCAAACAUUGGCUUAGUGGAGGAUUGAAGCCGACAAGUCACAGACUGCUUCCAGAUGGCUCUUGUUGUGUGAAAGAACCACCAUCUUUGUAAGAGGCUUUUUGUAAAUAUAGGCAAUCCUUUGUGUUUGAUGCUAAAUUUUGAGGUUCUUGUAGUUAAUUCAAUAUGAUUGCUGCAUGGAAAUGCAUCUUUUUCCUUGUAGCUAAAUUUUGUAAGGUUGUUCAGAAUCUGAAUCCAAAAAAAUUAGUGCUAGAAAGAGGUAGUGUAGUUGACAAUUCUUGUUCUUCUCAA